AUGGCAACUUAUUUUAAGACUCCAUUUGGUCCGUAUUAUGUAGAGGCAAAAGUAGCUAAAGUCGAAAGCACUAAUAACAAUAUCAUAUGCUGUGUAGAUGUUUCUGGUUCAAUGAGUGGUGCACCAAUUAAGAAUGUCUGUGAGGUAUUACGUGAUAUUUAUAAUAGAACAAAAAUAGAAUAUCCUCUAUUUAGUUAUAAUACUGUUACAAAUACAACAACUACUAUUAAAAGUGUGGAAAAAACAGAUUUGGUUGCUUCAGGUGGAACAAGUUUUAGUUCAAUUUUUAAUGCUAUUAAAGAUCAUUUGCUGAAAAAUGUAAAACCAACGACAUUCAUUUUUAUGACUGAUGGUCAAGAUUCAGAACCAAAUGGAUUAACAUUAAAAAAAUCAAUAGAAGCACUUAAACUAGCCAUUAGUGCAAUGAAAUCAAUUUCAAUUACUUUUCAUGUAAUUGGAUUCGGUUCUGUUGAUGAUAGUUUUUUAAACAAAGUACGAGAAUUUGGUACGAAACAUGGCUUAUUGAAAUAUUCAACUCAAUCUGCUGAAUUACAGAAUAAUUUUAAUGAUAUGUUUGAAUAUGCUACAUCUUCAAGAGAGUUUUCAAUUAAAAUAAAUGGAAAUACGUACACUUCAAGUAGUAAUGAUGAAACAGUUGGAUUUUUAGUAAACGAUGUUCUAGAAGGUUCAUCCGAAAUAACUCUUAAAUCCGAUGUUGAAUCAAAAAUUAUGUUAGAACCUCUAAAUAAUAUACGCUCUAUUCAUAUGGUAAAAGCUCUUAAUUUAAUGUCUCCCGAAAAUGAAGAAUCUGUUAGAGAAAUACUAACACAUUUACAUUCUAUUAUUCCAACAGAUUCUAAUCUAAUGGAAAGAUUAGAAGUUGAACAAAUUAAAAGAGAAAUUAAUGAUAGAAUGAUGGAAUAUAUUAAAAUAUUUACACAAAUAAAAAUGGGACAAGUACCAGAACAAGUUAAACUUAAAUUGAGUGCUCUUAGACAUGAUGCUACAUUUGCCAAUUCACAAAGAAAAAAGAAACUUGAUCUUCGUGUUAAUAGAAAUGUUGAAUAUUUUCAAAAAACCGAUAUUAGUGGUAUAUUAGAUGGAUAUAAGAAAAACAUUGAUCAACAAGGAUGGGAAAAAAUUAAGGAACAAAAAGCAGCUUGGGUGUGUACAUAUUCAAGUGAUGACAUAUAUAAAAUGAUGAGAAAAGCAGCAGAUAAUAUUUUAUGUUUGGGAAUUUUGAUUGAAAGAAAUGAAGAAGCCAUUACAUCACCAACGAAAGGAUUAAAUUUAAUAAGUGUAUCUAAUACUAUUAUUUCAUAUGAUUCAUUUAUUGCUGCGAUGAGUUUUGCAAAAAAAGAGGAAGACAAGAAACAGACAGAAGGAAUAAAUUAUGGUGAUUUUUCAAGAAUUAAUGAUACAUACUGUGUUGUUGGUGCCAUGCAUGAAAAAAUAAAUGCUGUUAUUCCUCUUUACAUUAAUUAUGAACAUAUGAAACGUAUUCGUAUUCUAGAAGGAAUUUGGUUAGGUUAUUUAUUUACUCUUGAUUCAUAUGGUUAUGAUAAAAAUCAAGAAAUAGGUCUUCUUAAAUUAUUAUAUGAUAUUAUUAUUUCACGUACUGAAACGACGAGAAAUAAACAAAUUCUUGUAGAACUUGAAAAAGUAUGUCAUUUUAUUAUUACUGAAUCAGUUGGAUUUAAAAGUGCAUAUGGGGAAACAACAUAUGAUAAUUUUGUUGCCAGCAUUCAUGGACGUAAUAGUACUUAUAAUCUAUGUAUUCCUCUAAUGAUAGGAUAUUUAAAAAAUGAUAUUAAAAAUGUAGUUAUGCCCGUAUAUUAUGAAUAUAUUAGACAAUGUUUUUGUACACGCAAAGAUACUGAUACUACUGAUAUUAUAAAAAGAUUAUUAUAUGGUUCUGAAAAUAAGACUAUGACAAUUGUUACUAAUGAAAAUGUUGAUUAUAAUCAAGAUGAUCCAGAUUAUGUUGAAAAAAGUUUUAUACAAUAUUUUCAUGAUGAAAUGAACAAACCGAUUCAAUUAAUUUCAGAAGUUUUUACUGGUCAAAAUCGUAAAUUAAUAGCUGAAACUGAUAUUGAUUAUAUUAAAAGUUUACUUUCAUCAAAAAGUUUAUCAGUUCCUAUAGAAAUUAAAAAUAUGUUAAAAUAUUGUAAUAUGGAUGAAAAUUAUGUUGAAGAUAACAUUGAUUACGAUGAUAUGAGAAAAGAAUUAUUAAUGAUGUUGUCGUUUGGUAUUGUACCAGCUCAUGUAAAUAAAUCAAAUAUUUAUCAUGUUGCCGACGAAAAGAGUCAAGGUAGUAGUAGUAAUUUGAUUAAAUUAGAUUUAACACCAGAAAAUAUUCGAGUUGUUACAUAUAAAAUUACAAAUACAAAAACAUUGGAAGGUUUUGGUGGAUUGAUGAGAAAAUAUUGUCCCGAACGUCAUGGUGAAAUUUUUACUGAAGUUAUUAAAAGUUUACUCUCAUCUUCUGUUUCACAACAAUGUGAAGGCUCUUCGAUAUCAAAUAAAGAUAAAUUGAUAGCAUUAUUAACGAAUCAAGUUGGAUAUUCUCCCUUGUACAAUAAUCUUCGUGAUUUUUGUUGGCAACCAUUAAAGGAUGUUGAUAUUAAUGUUCUUCGUCAAAUUGUAGGUGUAAAAGAAUUAAAGAAAAUCGAAGAUGACAACAGCGGAAAAAAAGUGGUACAUUGUUAUCGAAUAUCAAAUAAAGAAAAUCGUCAUGGAUAUGGUAAUUAUUACCCAAAUAUGCGAAAUAUAUUUAAAUUUAUCAGUUAUAGUCAACGUCAAUGA